AUGCCGGAUAUCCGUUUUUCGCGCGCCUUCAAAGCUUCCAGACCCUCGGCAGCCUCCGGACCACUGACAUUCAGUGAUGUGGCUGUGACAUUCACUGGGGAGGAGUGGCAGCUUCUGGACCCUACUCAGAAGGCCUUAUACCAGGAUGUGAUGUUGGAGAACUAUAGCAACCUGAUGUUCAUUGUCAAUGAGUGCAGAAGCAAUGAAAUCAAGAACUCUUCUGAGCCUAAUGGAGAUGGGGAAACCUUUCUCCACGCUGACCAUGAACAGUUUUUUAAUGAAAUGAAAUUUGCUGAGAGUAAAAAAUCCAACAACACUAAGUCUCACCUCACUAAGAAUCAGAAAACUAACAAAAUAAAGAACCCAUAUGUAUGUAGUGAAUGCGGGAAAACAUUUAUCAAGAAGUCUUUCCUCACUGAUCAUCAGAUCAUACAUACAGGAGAGAGACCCCACAGAUGCAGUUUGUGUGGGGAAACAUUCUUUAAGAAGACAGAUCUCACUAUCCAUCAGCGAACUCAUACUGGAGAGAAGCCAUAUGUAUGUGGUGAUUGUGGGAAAGGCUUCAUAAGAAAGAAUGAUCUCACUAUUCAUCAACGAAUUCACACUGGAGAGAAACCAUAUGUAUGUGUUGAAUGUGGAAAAGGCUUUAUCCAGAAGACUGAUCUCACUAUUCAUCAGCGAACUCAUACUGGAGAAAAACCGUAUGUAUGUAGUGAAUGUGGAAAAUGCUUCAGCCAGAAGGGAAGUCUCAUUAUUCAUCAACGAACCCAUACAGGAGAGAAACCCUGUGUAUGCAGUGAAUGUGGGAAAGGCUUCAUCCAUAAGGGGAAUCUCAAAAUCCACCAGCGAACUCAUACUGGAGAGAAGCCCUAUGUGUGUGGUGUAUGUGGGAAAGGCUUCAUUCAUAAAGGAGAUCUCACUGUUCAUCAGCGAACUCAUACUGGAGAGAAGCCCUACAUAUGCAGUAAAUGUGGGAAAGGCUUUAUCCUUAAGGGAAAUCUCAUUGUUCAUCAGCGAACCCAUACUGGAGAGAAACCCUAUAUAUGCAGUGAAUGUGGGAAAGGCUUCAACCAUAAAGGAAAUCUCAUUAUUCAUCAGCGAACUCAUACUGGAGAAAAACCGUAUGGCUGCGAUGAAUGUGGAAGAACUUUUUCCUAUGUUUCUAACUUUAAUUCACAUAAAAGAAAACACAAAACAGGGAAACAAGUAGAUUCAAUCAAGCUGGAAGACCCUUCCACAACAGUGAAUUUGGUGUUUGGUUUGCUGCGCCUUCUGUACGGCAGAUAUGUCAAAUAUGCCCGCUUCCACGGAGACACGUCAUGA